UUGAGACUAACUAAAAAUAAAAUCCCCUAAAGAAUAGAGUAACUCAUCAUCGUUCUUACCAAUUCAAUUCUUUUGUAGUUUUAUAUGUUCUUCUUAUCGAAAUCUCAGCCUUACUAGUAAUCACAUUCAUUUCAAUUUCGUUUCACAUUUAACAAUGAAAUUCACUUGUAAUUACAAGCAGAGUUGAUGUAGUUAUAAACUCUGAAGUCGUGAAAGAUAAAAAUAAAAUAAAAAUAUAAUCAUACGCGAUUGCAGCUUAUGAUAAUCACAUUGGAUGAAAACAGAGUUGUAUGUACACUAUAUUGUAUCACGAGUUCACUACAAUAUCAUUUGAGUUCAAGCCCUUUUCAUUGGACCUUUUAAUAGUUAAUGAUAAAUCCAUAAUAUUAUCAUAAAAAAGUUGCUAAUAGAACUCCUUGCAUUCGGUGAGUUUGAAAUAUUUUGAUUGAAUAAUAUAGUAUAUGCAUACUUCCACCAAUAACAUGUAUCGCUCAAAGCUAAAAGGAAUUAUGCAAGUCAUGUUUAUCACCAUAACUUUCGAAAUUAGAUGUCACUCCUUGUUAAAUGUAACAAUGUUGAAGAUAUGAUGGACAAAUUGUGAUUUUCUUUUGUUCUGAUGCCAUGUGCAAAGCAUUCGAUGAUACUGGUUGUAAAUAGUAGUAGCUAACAAAAUGUGUCUAUGUCAUACAAAAGUGGUCAUAUUAGUCAAAUUUUUAAUUUCGAAAUAGUUAAUUAAUAUUUCACUAACUUAAAAAAAUUGAACACAAAAUUGUAUUUUUUUUCAAAAAAUAAUUAUUUAGAUUAGAAUUCAUCGUCGAUAUAUUUUUCAUCAGUGCCAGACUAACUCGAUUGUGAGUGUGAACUGUGAGAUCAGUAAGCAAAGAGAUGCUUUGUAAAACAAUAAAACAAAACCCGAAAUAAAUGGUAAUUAAUCAUCAUUGACGAUUGCCAUUUUGUUCCCUCCCCUAAAUUAAUAAAAUAAAAUAUGAGAGACAAAAUCCAAGAUCAUGGGGUUUGCCGCGCCGUGGGUCCCACACCAGGCUCCAUUAUUGGUUUCGCUUCAUCUCCAAGCCACGUCAUAAUCCUUCCACGCAUUACCCGAUUAAAACUUUUACUGUUUUACAUAAUCACUCAGCUUUGCCGGGACUAACCCGGACCCGGAAGAUUACCGAAAUUAAUUAAUUAUGUCCCACGCUGACACGAUACUAAUUAUUUGAUUCCUGAAUUUUGAUGGUUUACUAGUCAUAUUUUCCAACAACUGGAAAGGGCAUUUCGGUCACUCCAGGGUCCGCUCUCUCAUAUAUAUAUAAGACGACUCUCCCGUGUUCUUCGCAAUUAAAACCCAAACGGAAACAAAAUCUCCAAACUGGUAAAAGAAAAAAAAAUAUAUAAAAAGAAUUCUCCAGACUUUUCUACUUUCCUCUUCCGCCGCCGCUCCUCCUCCUCCGUUGAUGGACGCAAGUGAAGCCCUGAACCUCUACGAUUCCUACUGGUUCGAGAUGGAGAUAUUGACGGACCGGUCAACGAAUUCUUCCCCUUCGCCGCCGGAUUCCCCGCCGGAGACGCCGACUAUGGCCAGCAUCUAUAUGCAGAUCCAGAAGCAACAAUCUCCCCUUCCGCCUCCGCCGACGACUCGCGGCGGCCAAUCGACGAUUCUCAGAUCCGUGAGCGAGGAUCUGUACACGAAGCCGAGCUUCCACAACAUCCCGGCCUCGCCGGAUUCCGUCCUCACUUCCCAGCUCCGCACAAUCCUCUCCGGCAAAGAAGCCACCGGAGACGAAUCGGAACAAUUCACUAACUACUCCCCUCCUCCUCCUCCACGCCCGCGUCGCAGAAAGGUACCUCGCGCCGCCUCCGGUUCCAAUUCGCCGCCCAAGGCGCGCAGAGCGGCGAAGAAAGGGCCGGCAAGCAAGAGCCUGUCGUCGCUGGAGUUCGAAGAGGUGAAAGGGUUUAUGGAUUUAGGGUUUGUGUUCUCCGAAGAAGACAGGGACUCCAGGUUGGCGUCGAUUCUCCCCGGGCUGCAGAGACUGGGGAAGAAGGUCGACGGAGAAGUGGACGAAUCGGCGAUUCCGCGGCCGUACUUGUCGGAAGCCUGGGCGGCUCGGGAGGCGGAGAAAUUGAGGAAUCCGGUGACGAAUUGGCGGGUUCCGGCGAUGGGAUUGGGGAGCGAGAUGGAUAUGAAAGAUAGCUUGAGAUUGUGGGCGCAUACUGUUGCAUCUACGGUUAGAUAACGUUGGUUGGACGGUUGGACCGAAUCCGAAGCCACACACACUGAGAGGAAAAAAUUCAUUCUUUUUAAUUCGUUUGUAAGAUGAUUCUUUACUGUUCGUUAUUUACCCCUACCAAAUGUAAAUACAGAGCCAAAUAAAAAAGCUACGUUGUUGGAAUUGAUGAAGAUAUUAAUUAAUCAACUACCUAUAUGAAAAACAAUCAUUCUUUUAAUCAACUAUCUAUUAACAAGGUUGUCAAUCCGCGGGUCGACCCACUUUGACCCUGACUCAUUGAGAAAAAUGGGUUGCACACACCCGCCGGGUCGAUCGCUACAAGGUACCGGGUUGAAGAUGAAAUUGUGUCAUUUUUUCCUUUGGUUUGCGAAAUGCGCCUAUUUACCAAUUUUUCUUUUCGCCUAACUCAAUCUUUGGAAUCCUUAGUUGAACAUUUGAAUAUUGAUGUUAUAUAAGUGUGUUUGAAUUUUCACUAUAUGUUGGAUCUAAGUACGACAUGUUACUUUGGUGCAAUGUUAUAUGUAUUACUCAAAUGUUAGAUGAGAUUUGAUAUAAUUUAUCAGGAUAAGUACCAUAUAAUGACUCUUUCCAUAUUUCCGGGCUAAAAUGGGUGACCAGUUAACCCUUGACCCACUAACUCGACCGGGUCCGGGUCAACCCACGGGUUGACAACCUUGUCUAUUACUAUUCUAUCUAUGGCAAAAAAAAAAAAAAUCAACUACGUAUAUGAGUCAUGCAAACGAGGUCGUGGCUUGCUAUUGGUUUUUAGUAUGGAGUUCCUAAAUUCGAAUUUUAGAGACGAUGCUCAUCUCUUUUUUCCCAUUCGUCUAGUUACAGUCCCGAUGAACAUGUUCCUGUAAAAAAAAUUACAGAUGAGUCUUAACAAUAAUAAUUGUCGGCGGGUUUAGUUUUACCGAUGAUGUCGAAGUUAAAUCGGGAUAAACCGAUUCAAUCAUUAGCUCUUUGUCCAAUUGUACACAACUAAUUGGUGGACUAUUUCUUCAUUCUUCUCUAUGCCACUUCCAUUCCAUUUCCCCGGUUUGUGCUUGGAUUUUAUCGUGGCUUGGAAUGAGUAGGACUGGGUAUUUGGUCAGGACUGUUUGGUUUUACCCGAAACCGGACCGUAUAACUCGGAUCGAGACCGGACUGGGAUCGCAAAGCAAACAAUUCAAUCUCAUAUUCGGUCUUAGAUUUGAGGUAAAAACUCGGAUAAAGACUGGAUAAGAGACCCCCAAAACCUAAAAUCAAGAUCAAAUUGGGACCGAACCGGGUCAAGACCGGACCGGAUCAAAACCGGACUGUAUCCAAUCUAAUUUUUGCUCCUUAUAUUCCCGAAAAGACCGGACUGGUACCAGAUCAAUUUGGUCCAAUUUAACCGGACCGUAUAGUCACCCCUAGGAAUGAGGAUAGGCGAUGGGCAUGGGCACCACACCAUGGUCUUGGACUCUUGCUGGGGGUUUUGGUAAAGGUUCAUCGAUAAAAAUUAGGUAUUCGUAUGAUAUGAAAUGUAAUAAGGAUUUGCGAUUUCGAAAAAUAUCCAAAGUAAAUUUCUUUAUUCGAAUAAUUUAUGCAUUUACUUAUCGUUAAUAAUUUUAUUUUCAAAAAAUUUCCAUCAUAAUUGAGCCCCUCAAACUUGAAAUACUGAUUUCGCCCCCUUGUUGUUGUGGAAUGAAACACUUUUCCAGUCAAUGGCGACUCGUCAAAUUUGAUUUACCUGAAUACACAGGAGUUGUGAUAGGUGAAAAGGCGUCAGUAACUUUAUAAUUGGUCGCAUAAUUGUGCCUCUGGAGUCUGAAUGUCUGAAUCGCCUCUCGUAGCUGUUGUAAGUAAAAAAAAAAUCUCUCCUUUUAUGUUCUGCCAUGGCGCCAUUAACCAUUAUAUUAUACCCUUCCAAGUAAAAUGGUGUUACAAAU